AUGAUGGGGAACAAGGUUUGGCUGAUUACUGGUGCCUCGUCUGGCCUUGGGGCCGCUCUGGCUCAUCAUGUCCUAAGCGCAGGGCAUAAAGUCGUUGGAGCUGUUAGAGAUGUGACAAAAGCACAGAAGUCCUAUCCUCAGUUCGAACAACUCGGUGGAACCUGGGCCGAGUUAGAUGUUACCGACCCGAAAACGAACGAAAAGGUGCAAAGCCUUGCUCGCGAGAAUAACGGCUUCGACGUUGUAGUCAACAAUGCUGGUUAUUCAAUUCUUGGAAGCAUUGAAGACAUGAGUGAAGAUGAAAUUUACAAACAAAUCAACACCAAUCUAUAUGGCCCGAUUCGUGUCCUCCAAGGAUCGCUUCCUUUCAUGAGAGAGAAGAAAUCCGGAUGUAUCGUGAACAUUUCCAGCGUUGCUGGUAUGGUCGGUCGACCUGCCACUGGAUUAUACUCAGCCAGCAAGCUCGCCCUCGAAGGACUCUCUGAAUCUUUGGCGGCAGAGCUCGCCGAGUUUGGCAUUCGUGUCUUGCUUAUUGAGCCUGGCAGCUUCCGAACCGGCUUUCUGUCCGCAUUUGUUGCACCUGUGGCUGGUUUGAACCCAGGCUAUAGGGAGACUGCGCUGAGUCGUACUCUGAAAAUCUACGAGACUGUUGAUGGCUCUCAACGAGGCGAUCCUGAGAAGGCAGCCGCGCGAAUUUUGGAUGCAGUGGAAAACCAGGGACUCUGCGCAACAACGUCAUCAUACCUUCGUGUGCCUCUCGGGUCAGACUGCUAUGGUCUCCUGGAAUCUAAAGCAGACGCAUUGAAGGAAAAUCUUAACGUGAUGAAGGGCAUCGCUCAUAGCACAGACUAUCCGCAAUGA